AUGGCCAAAGGGAAUUAUUCAAUAUUUUCUGAAUUUAUUCUUGUGGGACUCACAGACAAUGUAGAGCUUCAGUUCAUUCUCUUUGGUGUGUUACUGGUAAUCUAUUUAACUAGUGUCCUGGGAAAUCUUGGUUUAAUUGUGUUAAUCCAACUCAGUACCCAGCUUCACACACCCAUGUACUUUUUUCUUAGCCACCUAGCUUUUGUGGACUUUUCUCUGACCUCUUCUGUCACUCCAAACACUUUGGUGAAUCUUAUGCGUGAAAUUAAAAACAUAACUUUCUAUGCAUGUGCCAUUCAGGUGUGCUGUUUUAUCACGUUUGUAGUGUGUGAAAUGUUUUUGCUUUCCAUCAUGGCUUAUGAUCGCUAUGUCGCCAUUUGCAAUCCUUUACUCUAUGUCAUCCUCAUGCCAAAGAAACUCUGUUAUCAAAUGAUCGUGAGCACUUACAUCUACGGCUUCGCUGUGGGGGUAGCACAAAUGGCUGUCACCUUCCAUAUGUCUUUUUGUGACUCCAACUUGGUCAACCACUUCUACUGCGAUGAUGUUCCCUUGGUGGCUCUGGCUUGCUCGGACACGCUUGUCAAAGAAUGGAUGCUGCUGAUCAUUGCUGGCUUCAACACUGUUUGCUCUCUAUUAACAGUGAUGAUUUCUUACAUCUUCAUCCUCUUUGCUAUUCUGAGAAUGAAGUCAGCGGAAGGAAGGAAAAAAGCCUUUUCCACCUGUGCUUCUCACCUGACCUCUAUUGCAAUCUUCUAUGGCACAAUUAUUUUUAUGUACCUCCUGCCUAAGCAGAGUCACUCACUGAACACAGAUAAAUUUGCUUCGGUGUUUUAUGUCAUCGUGAUUCCCAUGCUAAACCCAUUAAUCUAUAGCUUGAGAAAUCAGGAAGUCAAAAGUGCUCUAAAAAGAAUUAUUAAAAGUUCUGCCUGGAAUUCAAAUAACUGA